CACUGUACGAGUACGCUGCUUGACUAGGUCGAAUGUGUAGUAAAGGAAAACCUACACACUCACUCCAGCACACAUCCACACGGAAUUUUGGCAUGAAUUUGACUAGUGGAGCUUGAUGAUGGGUGAGGAGAGGAUCGAACUCGUGGUCGUCGUGGAUUCGGUUGUGGCAGCCCAGUUGUUGGUGUUGGAGUGAGAGGUGACAUCAUCGACCGAGAAAGAAGAAAAAAAAGUAAGCAGUCCCCGCGAGAACAACAAUUCCAGCGCAGAACACACAUGGUUGAUAUUUCUGGCCGUAGCCCACCAACCAUUUGAUUCAUCACAUUCAUGAGUACAUACAACAAUCGAUCGGAUCUCGCCGUGAAAGACACAAGAACUUGGCCCAAGCGGACGGAAAGCCACUCCAGUUUGGGACAGUCGUUCAAGAUCAUUUCCGAAAGCAGUGAAAAAUUGGCAAAUUUCCAUGAGUUCGGCUUUCCUUGGGAUUAUUAAGCCGUACAAGAAGCUCAUGUAUUCAUGAUACUGGCCGAAGGUACAUACGAGUACGUACAUACUCACUACGAGUGAGUUAGCAUAUGAGUGACGGACGGACUCUCCCACUAACUAACUGAGUGAGUGAGUAAGCUUCUCCAUUCAGCUUCAAGGUGAUUGUAUUUUCCCUCGUGCCGAAAAAAAACCCUGCUAGAGGAUUACUUCGAGGCAUCGGGGAAACGGAGGAACGCGGCGAAGAGGACGGGACGAGGGGAGCUCCCCAAUCCCCAUGCAUGCCAUGCCUAUUACCUAGCCCCUUCUUCCUGCAGUCUCGUUCAUGAAGGAGAGCUUUCUCUCUUCAUCCCGAAAUCCUUGACGUGCGUCCAUCCACGAACGAAAGAACGAAUAGAGGAACGAAAAGAGGAACGACGAACGAGUCGAGGCUGAAGUGGAGCACAGUGAUGUUCAACGCGUCCAACGCCACUUCGAGUGAGAAUAGUGGUGAUACAAGUCAAGUAGCAGCCAAAAGAAGGUCUGAUAUUUUCCUUCAAUUCCCAAGAAAACUCAAGCGAUCAUCAUCAUCAUCAUUGAAAUUUGCUUUCGCUCUCGCUAGAUUCCCGGCGCGAGAUUAUUUCUGAACUGCGAGCUAAAAGCUGACAUAGUAGUUAGACACCAACCCACCCACCGACCGAUUCGAUCCACCGACCGAUCUAGCGACCCACGGACAGGGAAGAAGAAGACGAACAAGAAGAAGAAGAACAAGAAGAAGAAGAAGCUGAGGAGGCCUCCCUUACCUGACCACUCUGAUCACUUAGCUCUGGAAUCCGUCGUUCGGACUUGUUUCAAGGAAAUGUGAUAAUUCCACCACGACGAGUUGCCGUUAUCAACAAGCUCCUGGGCCUUCUCCAUAAUUGCUGUGAUUGUGAAGGUGCCCAUCCUUGGAAAUUGGAAUGCCUGCCAGUGAGCCCUAGUGCCUGAGUGUCUUCUUCGUAUGUGAAGUUCUUCCCAAACAACCUUGUCACCCCAUUCCCAUUGAGGCAGACUUUCAAAAAAGCAUCCUCCAUAGAGUAUCGGGCAAAAUGACUGGCAGGUUGAGUGGUGGUGUGUCCGUAGGGGAUGGCAGCUGGACGUUGACCAUCUUCGUGACCGACCUCCAAGUCGAGAGGUCACUGCGAGUCAGGGGCGAUCUUCACAUUGGCGGGGUCAUGAUCAGACUCGUGGAUGAACUAGACAUUGCCAUGGACUGGUCGGAUCACGCCAUCUGGUGGCCAGAGAAGAACUUAUGGCUGGACAAGACCCGAUGGACCCUGGACCAAUACAACAUUACCGCCGAUGCCAUCAUUCAAUUUACUCCUAUGCACAAGACAUUACACGUCCAAUUACCCGAUCUCCGGGUCAUCGCCUGCAAUGUGGACUUCUCGGUCCGAACCUUCAAUGCGUCCAUCAACCUUUGCAAAGAUUUGGGUAUCCGACAUCCCGAAGAAUUAUCUCUAUGCAAACCAUUGCAACCAGAUGAUUUGAAGCAGAACUAUCAGGAAACGCUCUUGAAGAAACGCCCUCCACCCCCGACCAAAGAUGGAAAAACCGGCGAGCGAAUAGACACCAACACAUUCAUCUCCAAUACCGGCCGACGAUAUCAUAGCAACGGCAGUCUGAAUGGAACCCUUCGUACGCCCCACAAAAAUGGAAAUGCCCCUUUCUACAGCAAUCCUGGAACUCUGAGAAACGGAAACUACUCGCCUUAUACGAAUGGGCACGGCCCCGCCACGCCUCCUUUCCAAAACUCCUUCUCUCAAGGAGCCCUGAACGGCUCAGGUUUGAGUGCUAUUGAUGGUGGGGAUUUGUCCUUGGCUCAUAGCCAGCCUCCACCCGAGGCCACGAAAGAGGCUCAAUUGCAUCCACGAACCUUGGUGGAGCGAGCUCGAAUGAAUGUGGGAUGGUUGGACAGCUCCUUGAGCAUCAUGGAACAAGGCGUCCGAGAGUUCGAUACCUUAUUGCUUCGGUUCAAGUACUUCUCGUUCUAUGACCUGAGCCAUGUCCAUGAUGCAGUGCGGAUUAAUCAAAUCUACGAACAAGCCAAGUGGCAAAUCCUCAAUGAGGAGAUCGACUGCACUGAGGAGGAGAUGCUCUUAUUCGCCGCUCUUCAACUGCAAGUCACCCUUCAAUCGGAUGUUCAACAACCUCAAGAGAUCUACGAAGAGGAUGAUGACGUGGAUGCGGCCUUAAAGGAUCUCGAGAUCUCGCUGGAGGGCCCCAUGUCGAAUGGACGUAAUCUAACGGACACCCCCAGACUGGGAGGCUUUCUACGCUACUUCCGACCCAAACGGUUCACGCUCAAAUCGUUCAAGAGCCUCUAUUUCGAGCUUUUGGAUUUGAACUUGUAUGCGUAUCGAUCCAAACUAGAGGGCUCUCGAGGUGAAUCCAAACCCGUGUUCACUGUCAGUCUGAAAGGUUGUGAAGUGACCCCUGAAAUCAAUCUGUCACAACGCAAAUUCCAAAUCAAACUUGAAGUGCCUUCCACGGAAGGGAUGACCGAAAUGUGGCUCCGAUGCAAAGACGGGGACGAAUACGCCCGUUGGAUGGCCGCAUGUCGUUUGGCAGCCAAGGGCAAAUCCUUGGCGGACAGCAGCUACGAUGCCGAGGUCAAGUCCAUAGAAACCUUCCUUGUGAUGCAAAAGCCUGCGAGUGCCCCGAUCAUCAAUCCAGACACAAUAGACCUUAACGUCGAGGACUACGUGGCCCCGCGGUUCUUGCGUAAACUCAAAUCCAAGCCUACCUGUGUUUGUGGUCCUGAGAGAUCGCUCCGACAAAAGAUCCUGGAAGCCCAAGCCAAUGUGAAUGACCUGAACCUCCUGGAGGCCAAGAUGAACUUCAUCAAGGCUUGGCAAUCUUUGCCGGAUUACGGGGUUUCUCUCUUUGUGGUGAAGUUCUUAGGUGAGAAAAAGGAGGAGCUUCUGGGUGUGGCUUCUAACAGGAUCAUGCGAAUGACUCUCAACAAUGGGGAUCACAUCAAGACUUGGCGGUUCAGCACUAUGAAGGCCUGGAAUGUGAAUUGGGAGACGAAGUACAUGAUGAUCCAGUUGGACGAUGAGCGCAACGAGAAUGUCAUAUUCAACUGCUUGUCCGCGGAUUGCAAAGUAGUCCAUGAGUUUAUUGGAGGCUACAUCUUCCUGUCCAUGCGCAGCAAGGACGCCAACCAACAGUUGAACGAAGACUUGUUCCACAAACUGACGGGAGGAUGGGUGUGAGACAAGAAUGGCCACCCUGACGUCCAACAACUAACUCAACCAAUCAGUCCCCGUUUUCGACCUACUAGUUGACUAAAUGCAUUCCAAUGCCAGGAAAUCGAUGACGAAUGAUGUUUUACGUGUUAAUGCUAAUGAUAAUAUUGGAAAGCCAGGCUUUCUCUCUGAAUUCAAGUGCCAUUAGGAUGAAUGCUUCAGCGAGAAUGAUCAAAAUCUACCGACUAUGAAGAAUGUUUGACCCAGUAAUCAAUGGAUUGGCCACUUGCAUCAAAAUGGCGCGUGUGUGAGAGAGUGAAUUGAAGCACAUGGAAAUCGGAUGAUUUUGAAACAAUGCUCUGUGAUUUUUCGCACUCCCGCCCGAAGGAGACUAGUCCAAUGCGAUGUUCAUUGUACAUAGCCUAAAUUGUUUAACUCAUUAAAAACAGAAAACCUGUUCCUCCCUCCCCGUAUGAAACUUUGAAGAAGUAUUAACAAUCAGUUUACAACUUGUGUAAAUAUGAAGCCCGAACCGAGAUAACUUAUGAUAUGAUGACAGAAGUUCUGCUAUUUACCUGCCGGGUUUACUAUUCCCUACUUAAAAAAAAAACAAAA